AUGGAUCUUCUAAGGCCAAAAGCAGCAGAUCGAUCACCUGAUUCAGGACAUGGCGACGAGUCUGUCUCUACCGGAGUUAGCAGUCAUUCUCUUCCCAACCACAUGACCGAGUCACUGUCGACAAGGGCCAGCAGACAAAGCAGAUCCAGCACCAAGACCAUAUGCUCAAUGUCUCGCCUCGAUCAGCGGAAGGCAUUGGUGAGAUCCUUCUUGCAGGCAAACGACUUCCUGCAUGUGAAUGAAGGGAAACGCUACUGGGGACACACCUGCUAUCCAUUGCAUGUCGCCGUGCACCAGAAGAAUGCAGCGGUCAUCAAGGCACUGUUGCUCUUGGGCGCUCGCAGCGACCUGAAAUAUCGGGGCUACACUCCGGAGGAGUAUGCCCAACGGAAACAUCGGCGUUGGGGUGGAUACGAUGAUGUGCUCAAGGUCUUGGAUGAAACAGCCCGCCCAAAAAGGUUCUUGACACAGAGGGGAUGCGUCUCUGAUGUGGGCUCCGACGAAAGUACUGAGAUUUCAGUUGAGGUUUGA